AUGGCGACGCGAGCCGUGGCGGUGGCGGGUUGGGCAGCGGCGUUGGGUCUCGUGGCGGUGCUCCUGGCCGCCUCAGUCCCUGGCGCGGCGGCGAAGGUCUGCACCAACACGUUCCCGUCGUCGGCGACGGUGGCGUCGCACACGGAGCGCGCGGCGGAUCAGCUGCGGUCCGCGUCGUCGGAGCCAGACGUGCUGCGGCUGCCCGGCGGGCUCGCCGACCAUGCCCACGGGCACGGGCACGAGCAGCACCUCACCCCGACUGACGAGUCCGCCUGGAUGGCACUCAUGCCGCGGAGGCUCCUCGGCGGCGGCAGCAGCGGCAGCGCCCCGCCGCGCGAGGAGUUCGACUGGCUGAUGCUCUACCGCAAGCUCCGGGGCGGCGGUGCCGGCGCCGCCGUGGGCGGCCCCGCGGGGCCGUUCCUCUCGGAGGCGUCGCUGCACGACGUGCGGCUGCAGCCGGGCACCGUGUACUGGGAGGCCCAGCAGACCAACCUGGAGUACCUGCUCCUCCUGGACUCCGACAGCCUCGUCUGGAGCUUCCGCACGCAGGCCGGGCUGCAGGCCGCCGGGACGGCCUACGGCGGGUGGGAGGGGCCCUCCGUCGAGCUCCGGGGACACUUCGUCGGGCACUACCUGAGCGCCACCGCCAAGAUGUGGGCGAGCACACACAAUGACACCCUCCAUGCCAAGAUGUCGUCCAUCGUCGACACGCUCUAUGACUGCCAGAAGAAGAUGGGCACAGGAUACCUGUCGGCCUUCCCAACUGAGUUCUUCGACCGCGCCGAGUCCCUCACGACUGUUUGGGCUCCUUACUACACCAUCCACAAGAUUAUGCAAGGGCUUCUCGAUCAGUAUACAGUGGCUGGAAACUCCAAGGCCCUGGGGAUGGUGGUUGGGAUGGCUGAUUACUUCAGUGCUCGUGUGAAGAAUGUCAUACAGAAGCACAGCAUUGAGAGGCACUGGGCAUCGCUCAACGAGGAGACCGGGGGGAUGAAUGAUGUGCUCUACCAGCUCUAUACGAUAACGGGUGAUUUGAAGCAUUUGACACUGGCUCACCUCUUCGACAAGCCAUGCUUUCUGGGGUUGCUUGCGGUUCAGGUCUGCUAAUUCGCUUUCCUAGCUGUGUCUCUUCUGAUAGUUCAGAAUGUGUGUUAGUUAAUUGAAAAUUAUUCAAAUGAAACCGC